AUGGCACCCAAGGACAUUCCGUUGGGUAUCUACACGCACAUCAACUUCGCCUUUGCUCUUCUGAACCCGAAAACCUUCCGGCUGGAUGAUAUGGACGCCGGGACUGCAUCGCUGUAUGGAGACGUUGCAGCGCUGAAGCUCAGGCAACUCGAUUUGGAGGUUUGGAUCGGUGAGGAUGAGUCCUUUGCAGAUGACCGAGCAACGAUUGGAGGCUGGGCCAUGAACGACCCAGGCCCGUACCAAACUGCAUUCUCAGACAUGGCCGGCUCAGAGGCCAACCAAGACGCCUUCUUUGAUUCCCUCCUCACCUUCAUGAAGAAGCACGACCUUGAUGGCGUUGACCUUGACUGGGAGUAUCCCGUGGCAGACGACCGCGGAGGCAUUCCGGAAGACUUUGACAACUAUGUGAACCUGCUUCGAAGGUUGAGACAACGCCUCAACGCCUCUGGGCGCAAGUACGGCAUCAGUCUGGCUGUGCCCGCCUCUUACUGGUAUCUUAGAGGCUUCAAUCUGCAAGAGAUGGAGCAGUAUGUGAGCUGGUUCAACAUCAUGGCAUAUGACAUCCACGGCGUAUGGGACAAGACUAUUGAUGCUCUGGGACCUUAUGCAUUAGCCCACACCAACUUGACUGAGAUCGAGCUCGGCCUUGAGUUGUUCUGGAGAAACAAUAUCAACCCGGAGCGCAUCAACCUUGGCUUGGGUUUCUACGGAAGAAGCUGUGAGUUCACAGAAGGUGCCAAGGGAGGCGAAUGCACCGGAACCCCUGGUGUCCUUUCCGCUGCCGAGAUUGUGAAAAUCAUCGACAACGGCGCGACGCUCACGUUUGAUGAGAAAGCGGCCGUCAUGAUUGUGACUUGGGACACGGAUCAAUGGGUCAGCUGGGACGAUGCCAAGACUCUGGGGAUGAAGGUUGUAUUUGCGAAUCGGCGUUGCUUGGGAGGGACGAUGGUAUGGGCGAUCGAUCUGGACGAUGGUACGCUCAUUGAUGCUUUGGGCGAGAACAUUGGACGACCGAAACAGGAUACUAUCGAUGAGUGGCCUUUGGUGUUUCCUUGUCUUGGAACGGAGCAGCCAAAAGACGAGUUGUAA